CGCGAGACUCGCUUCCUGUGCGCUGCCGGGCCUAUCUUCUGCGCUACGCUAGCGGGUUUCUGUCGCACCCGCGUCCGCGAUGCUGGCUUUGCGCUGCGGCCCCCGCCUGCUCGGCCUCCACUCCGGCGCCCGGUCCGCGCCGCUGCGUCUCUCUGCGGUCCCGGUCCGCGCCUGCAGCAGCGGUGACGCUCGCGACCCGACCUCUUCCUCCGGGAACAGGAAUCCACUUGUUUACCUGGACGUGGGCGCCGACGGGCGGCCCCUCGGCCGCGUGGUGCUGGAGCUGAAAGCAGAUGUCGUCCCAAAGACAGCAGAGAAUUUCAGAGCACUGUGCACUGGAGAGAAAGGCUUCGGCUACAAAGGCUCCACAUUCCACAGGGUGAUCCCAUCCUUCAUGUGCCAGGGAGGCGACUUCACCAACCACAAUGGCACGGGGGGCAAGUCCAUCUAUGGGAGCCGCUUUCCCGAUGAGAACUUCACGCUGAAGCACGAGGGGCCAGGUGUCCUGUCCAUGGCCAAUGCAGGCCCCAACACCAAUGGCUCCCAGUUCUUCAUUUGCACCAUAAAGACAGACUGGUUGGAUGGCAAGCAUGUGGUGUUCGGUCAUGUCAAAGAGGGCAUGGAUGUCGUGAAGAAAAUAGAAUCUUUCGGCUCUAAGAGUGGGAAGACAUCCAAGAAGAUUGUCAUCACGGACUGUGGCCAGUUGAGCUAACUGGUGGUCAGGGUGCUGGGACAUUAGCAGCUGACCCAUCCAGGUCACCACUGGGGAUUCUUAGCCAAGGUGCCUAGAAGAAGCUGCUGUCCCUGUGUUCUUGAAGGAGGCCACUUAGGGAUGUGCACCUCCUCCAGGGCCUCGUGUCUGCCUUCCUCACCUGCCCACCAUAGCCAGCAUCACACACCCCUCAGCAGGCGCUGCCUGCAGUUACCCGAGCUCCUCUGUGCCUUGGACACUGGUGGUUGUGAUGGGAUAGCAUUCAGUCACCUGACUGGGAGACAGCCAGUUGCUGCCAAAGGACUGUGAUACCUGUUUACUGUUGUCUUCCUAAUUGCAAUAACUUAAUUAACAACAUAGCCUAGAAAUGAAGCUGUGACAUGAUCUGGGUUGGUGGCGGUCAUAGAGCCCCAGAUCCUGGCUGUUACAACACAACUCAGGGCUCGUGUGACAGCUCCCAUGACUGAGGUCACUGUGAAACUCAAUGGUUCACUGCAUUCAACUCUGAACCUGGAAGCCAAGCUGCUGUGAGUGGCGCCUACUCAAUGUGAAUUCCUGUGUGGCAAUGGAAGUGGCCCUGGAGGAAAAUACUUCUUGUGGGCUUUGCUUUGUCAAAGUGUGUUGAAUAAAUCCAAUCCACUGAUGAUGUAUAUGAAAGAUUUUGGAACACUUGUGUUACACCUUUAACAUGAUAAUAAAUUGUAUUUUCUACAA